AUGGAUCCCGAAGUCCGCCACCAAAUGCUCCAACGCAUACCCUUAGGACGAUUCGGCCAAGCAGACGAAAUCGCAGACGCAGCGUUGUUUCUGGUUACGAACCAGUAUGCCAACAACUGCGUCAUAAACCUUGACGGCGGUCUCAGCGCUACGUGA